AUGGGUGAGGAGGCGGUGGGGCCGCCUCAGCUCGACUCGUGCAGUUACUGUCCAGACACGGCUGUUUCAGUAGCCAUUUUCAUACGGGAGUCAGACAUGAGGAGGCAUCAACCUGCCACCAUUGUGAAGCCAGCGUUGUCGAUGACGCAUUCCUCCCAUGAUUGCUCAGCAUGUGAGGUGGAGGCGUCGACUAGGCGUGCUACAGAACGAGAACGCUACUCUCGAUAA